CAGGUAACUAGAUAUCCUGUUUACUUUUGCUAGCGGGAUCAGACGUAGUAAUUACACACUAACCUACAGCCCGCCAUUUUUGUUCUGGGAGUGGAUUUGAGGGCAGAUUUUUGUGCUGUUGGUGAAUCUCUAGGUCUCUAGCCAUGGCACUCGGCGAGCAUGAAUACCAGCGUGUUCCCGACCGGCCGGCGCCGGUUCCCCAGCAGGGCAUCACGGGGACACAGACCAUCAUCGUGGUGUGCGUGUGUGUUCUCUGUAUCGCCAUGGUGCUGCCCAGGUUCCUCAUCCCCGAAGCUCCCGCACCGUCAACCGCCAACCAGCCCUUCCCAGGACCACACGGUAACAAACAUGGCGGAGGUCCCAGAGCCGGCCUGGACCCGAUAACGCGCCCGGGGUUCGGCCAGGAGGCGUACAACGAGAAGCGGAUGAUGCGAGCGAGCGGCAGUGAGGCGUCGGCUCCCCAGACCCAGGGGCGGGGCUGGAUCGGUGUGGCCCUGCCCAUGUACACCGUGGGGAUACUCAUCUAUUUUGUCUACGUUAUCUAUAAGAUAUUCCUUAAGAAAAAGAACGAGCCAUCUCCAAGACCACAGGCAGACAACUGGCGGGACCGCGGCUUCCGAGACGCAGACGAAGCCAACGAAGCCAACCUCCUGAACCGCCUGAGUCAGGGAGACCCCCUGCAGAGGAGGGCUAACCCCAUGGAGGGGAUAGACAGGGGGACCACUAUAAGUGAGCUGGAGCUGCGUCAGCUGGAGAUGCGGCUGCAUGAGACGGAGCGCCUGAUGAACAUGAUGAUGGAGAAGAUGGGAGACGUGUCUGGGAAGCUCCAGGAGGAGAUGGUACGUUACCAGGAGAAGUACCUGUCAGACCAGGAGUUGAACGACCUGCCUGAGGAAGACGGCAGUGGGGAGGGGGGCCCGGACAAACCACCGGGUGGGGAGGGGGGCGACGUCACAGAGCAGGUUCAGGUGGAGAACGUUCACGCCUCCCUGGAGACGGAGCUGAGAAAACGACGCGGACACGGGAUCGAGUUCAGCUUCACCCAGCCGGAGAGCGACCAGGCUGGGGCUUGCGAUGAGGAUGACCCGGAUAACUACGACAAGUACUCGGGCUCGCUGCGCGUGGACAGGAGGGGGUCCGAGUACGAGUACGAGGAGUCCAUCCGCAGCAUGGAGGUGCAGUACGACCCUGACUCGGAGCAGUCCUCGGUGAACGAGAGCUGGGACUUCACCGGCGAGCUCUCUGCCAAGGAGCUGGAGGAGAUCCAGGAGGCCGUGCAGGACUACCUUGGGGAGGAGAACAUCGUGCUGGAGGGCGCCGAGGACGGCAACGUCGGGCCCAAGCUCGCCGAGGAGGUCCUGCAGGAAUUCAACCGUCAGGAGGUCUGGGACAGCGAGGAAGACGCCAUUGACUCGAUGAUCGAGCAGGAUCGGGCCGCUCCUGAUGGUAACCAGAAUGCCGAGGAGGAUGACAACGUCCAGGCUGAUGAAGGUCUGCUGAACAACAAGGGAGAAGGCAACCUUCCCGCAGACGAUGGUAACGUAGGUGGUGAGGAUAUCUUUGGCUUGGGCCACGUAGAGGACGACGAUUUGUACGCAGACGAGGCAAGAAUCGACGAAGAAGAAUUACCCGCUGAUCUCCAGGACAGUGAUGAAGAAGAAGAAGAAGAACUUCCCCAGAAGUACAGGAUUCAUCAGGACAGCAUUCCAGAGGCGGAGCGGACUGAGGACAGGAAUGUUGGGUCUGCCGGGAACUCUGCAGGAACAUUCCACAGUACAGACACAGGCAUGGACAGGGCCAACAGGAACACCUGGGACUGUCCUGAAGCUGACAACCUACUGCAAGACACGGACAACAACAACUAAGGCUCAGAACACCCAGCUUUUGUUGCAGACAGACAGUCGGAGCUGAAACUAGACAGAAGUUUUUGUCUUCUGUACUAAUAAAUCUAGGGCUUAGUACUUCUGUUUUCAUUGGUUCUACUGUACGGUAUUUUCAUUGGUUGUUAAAAAUAUUUAGAUUUCCAUAUAAGUUGAUCAAGAAAAUACCAGUAUGCUAAAGGUAGGGAAAAGAAUAUCUUUUCUUGCAUAUGUGAUUACUUUCAGGCAGGUGUAUACAUUGUGUUGUUUCCCGUAUGAUGUAGCAAAAUUUGUCCAUGCAUGAAAUGAGUAGUGUAAAAGGGACCCUUAUAGAAAGUCCAGAGUUGCCAGCUUGUGGCCUGAUAACAGUAAAGUGGCAUAGGUAGCAAAAAAAGGUUAUGUUUAACAACAAAUGAAAUGUAAUCCUGACAUGUUGUAACCAAAAGUUCAAGAAGAUGUGUGAAUAGCCAAGAUAUAUAUUUUUCCCUAACAGUACUAGACAUCUGUGUAAAGACUUGUAUUCACCCCAUGAGGUACAGUUUGAAUAUGAGAUGGUACAAAAAGUAGCUUUGUUGCAGUGUGUGUGUGUGUAUUAUGUUAUCAGAAGACAAGUGUGAACAUGAAGUUGUUGUGUGUUUAUGUUUCACUACAGAAACUUUUUAAGGAAGAUCUCUACCAUGCAUCAGCAACUAACGGGAACUCUUUUACUAGUAAACUGACCAGUGAGAGGGAUCUGUAGCAUUAGUAUUUACUCCUGAAAAAUCUAUGAACCUGUUGUUAAAUUUGAAGAAAUGUAAUUAACAACACUCGACAGUUAGUGUUUUGAGCAUGCAAUGAUCAGGUACUCUCCAAGUUGAUGGGGGAAGAUUGUUACCUUUUUAUAUACAUGUAUGGCCCUUUUUUUGUGUCACUACGCUCACCACCUUGGGUUGCGCAUGGACCCUCUCUGGCCAAUGGAUACUGCCUGGCCAAUUUCAUACUGUCUUUUUGCCACCCUAGGAUCUGCUUGGAGAUUAGUGAUCAGGUUCAAGACUGAAAUGAUGAUGCUACAAUGCAUCCAUAGUUGUGUGGAGGAUCUCUUUGAUCAUCUUAGUUACUUAAGGAGUUAAGAAGCUUUGUGUGAUGUGUUGAGACAUUGGGCUUUUCCCCACAUUCAUGAUGGCCCUGAAACCACAGUAACAAGUUUUAGAUAAAAUAUGGUAAUGACUGUUUGUAGAAGAUGGUUUACACACUUGAAAAUAGGGUCAGUCUUAACAGUUACAGAUUUGCUAAGUUUCGUAUUGUACUAUACAGUAGUAUAUUAGUAGUUUUGUAUAUGCCAAUGUGAUGUGUAUUUGCUGUUUCGAAGUUAUGUGCUUGAAAUCUCAAUUACAAUUGUGUAGUGUUUGCAUUAAAAAGAGAGCAUGGGUGGCUACAAUGUUGCAACAACAUUGCAACUAUUGAAUCAUUCCUGCUUUUUGUACUGAGUUGUGUUGUCAUCAACAAGAAGAUGACUACACUGAUGCCAGACAUGCAGCUAGCUAGUCCAGAAAAAAGGCAGAGCAUUCUCUUGCCAUUAGUAUCUCCGGGAUGACAAUUUGAUGACAGAUGUACAUAAUCUGAGUUAAGUUUACUGUGAGGUAGUUUGUGAUAUGUAUGUAUAUAUUAACAUUUGUGGUGGAUUGUAGCAAAAGUUUACUACUUCUUUGAUAUAUGUACAUACAUGUAGUAUCGUGUAUGAAGUUGCCAGAGUGUAUUGUUGCAGUACUAAGGUUUAUUAUUUUUUUGCAUGUUUCCUUGGUUAUUAGUUAAAAGAUUGUCAUACUGUAUCUUUACAUACAGAUGCUUUAUUUAUUUAUUUUUUCAAUACAACAGCAUUGCUUUUAUACAUGAGUUUAAGUAUAACUCUAUACUUUAUACUUACUUAGACUUAGACUAUGCUUUAUAAGUGAACAACAAAUCUAGUACAUUGUAUACAAUCCCU